AUGGCGACCGGAGGGUACGACAAGGAGCUCAACGCCGCCUUACUAGCCGUGCAAAGAGCGACGCUCUUGACCAAAUCCGUCUUUCAUCAGAACGCCAAGGGCACGUUAAGCAAAAGCGAUGCUUCUCCCGUUACAAUUGGCGAUUUCGGCGCCCAGGCGCUCAUAAUAAGUGCGCUGCAGCACAACUUCCCGAGUGACGAGAUCGUCGCGGAAGAAGAAGCCAAAGAUCUGCGGGAGAACAGUCAAUUACGAGAUACCGUCUGGGAGCUCGUCCGUGAUGCCAAGCUCUCCAAUGCCACAGCUGAGCAAACAUUGGGCGGUGCGGUCGGUAGCGCGGACAGUAUGCUCGAUAUCAUAGAUAAGGGCGAUAGCAAAGGCGGUGCCAAGGGUAGGAUAUGGACGAUCGAUCCUAUAGACGGAACGAAAGGUUUUCUGCGAGGCGGACAGUAUGCCGUCUGCCUUGCUCUCUUGGUGGAUGGAGAGGUUAAGGUUGGCGUGCUUGGCUGCCCGAAUCUGCCCGUCAGUGAUAGCGAGCCCUUAAAGGAGGGAAUUGGCACGGAUGCUAGCGACGAAGAAGGCAAGUUUGGCGUUCUGUUCUCUGCGGUUGAGGGGCAAGGAGCUCAAAGUAGGCCGUUGAGUAAAGAGGGUCUGAGCGAGGGGAAGAAGAUUGGCAUGAAGCCCAUCUCGAACAUUUCCGAGGCUACUUUUUGCGAGUCAGUGGAAGCCGGACAUUCAUCCCAGGGUGAUGCGGCGGCUAUUGCGCAGAAACUUGGCAUCACCAAGCCCUCCGUCCGAAUGGACAGCCAAGCCAAAUAUGGAAGCAUCGCACGAGGGGCGGGAGACCUGUAUCUACGUUUGCCGGUCCGAAAAGACUACGUGGAGAAGAUAUGGGAUCAUGCCGCAGGUGAUCUGAUCGUGCGGGAAGCGGGUGGCCAGGUCACGGAUGUGAACGGAAACCGACUCGACUUCUCGCUGGGCAGGACGCUGAAGAAUAACAAGGGUGUUAUUGCGGCGCCGAAAGAUGUGCAUGGCCAGGUAAUUCAAGCGGUGAAGGAAGUGCUGGGCGCGAAGCAGUGA